CAACUACAUCACAACACACCAUGCACUCGCGCGUUCAUGCCGGCGAGUAUGUGCUCUUACGCCUACCUUCCGACACCCUGAAGCUGGUCCAAAUUGUUCCAAAUACUCUUGUGUCAAUCGGCAAAUACGGCUCCUUCCCUUGCAAUCUUUUGAUCGGACGCCCAUACUACCUCACCUUCGAGAUCACCGAUAAACAAUCAGAAUCAGAUGCCUCCCGCCUUCGCGUCGUACCAGCCUCAGAGCUAAAUGCUGAGAUCCUCGCCGAAGAUGCUCCCUCCUCCGAAAACCCUGCCGAGAAAGCCGACGACUCGUUCGAUAUUGUCGCCGAUGAUGGCUCAGUCUUGCUGAAGAACAACCGCCUUACAAUCGAUGAUGCCUCCCGUCAAGCCCUCAGUAUGGAAGAGAUUGAACAGUUGAAGAAGGCUGGAACUGGUUCUGGAAGGGACAUUAUCGAGAAAAUCCUCAAAUCGCAUACCCAUCUCAACGAGAAGACGUCCUUCGCCCUGGCCAAAUACACCUUGAGGAAGCACAAGAAAUACCUACGCAGAUUCACCGUCCUGCCCAUGAAUGUCUCCAUGUUGACCGAAUACAUGAUCGCCGAGAAGGAGGCCUCAAGAGUCAUGGAACUAAGGGAAGAAUCGCUUGGUCUUGUGGGAAGCUGGGCCAACGUCCAUUAUCACCCUGACGCAGAACCCGCUCUGACCGAAGAGGGCACACAACUUGGUGGUGGAAGAUGGUUGGUCGUUGACGACACUGGUGGCUUGGUUGUGGCAUCUAUGGCUGAGAAGAUGGGUCUCCUCUACCACCCGGAUAACGAAGAUGAAGAUUCGGAGGACGAUGGUACAGAAGCUACCACCAGUACGGAACAGGCAGCCCAAGCUGAAGAAAAGGCCGAUGUGGAGAUGCAAGAUGCCUCAAAAGAAGAGACAACGAACGGAGAGCUACAAGAAGGGGAGGAAGUACGAGGGAACGGCAGAAAGCGUCCUCAAAACCGCCACAACACCAAUCUCUCAUCGACAAAUACCCUCACAGUCAUCCACGCAAACGCCCAACCAAACGUCUCGCUCUUGAAAUAUUUCUCUUACGACACAAACAACCCCACCGCUACUCACCCCCUACACACACACCUCAAGACACUUACAUGGCUGCAACUUAUCGACCCCUCAGCAGACCCUACCUACGACGAGCCGGAAAAUGUACCGCAAGCCGAACUCGACACGUGGAAGUCCGGCAAACGCGGUGCCUACUACCGCAAACGUCGUCGCUGGACCCGUUGCAAGCAGAUUGUUGACGAAACCCGCGAAGGUGGCUUUGACGGCAUAGUCAUUGCCUCUUCGAUGAACCCUGCAACAAUCCUCAAGAACACCGUUCAUCUCCUUCGCGGUUCUGCUCACAUCGUCAUCUACUCACCGACCGUGGAGCCCCUGACAGAAAUCAUGGACCUCUACUCCAAAGAUCGCAAAGCCGCAUUCUUGGACCACAUUGCCAACGACACCACACCGCCUGAGGAGGACUUCCCGCUAGACCCGAGACUGAUCUUGGCGCCGACCUUGCAGACAACAAAGAUCAGACCCUGGCAGGUAUUGCCCGGACGCACACAUCCGCUCAUGACAUGGAGAGGCGGUGCAGAGGGUUAUCUGUUCACGGCAAGAAGAGUGUUGCCCGUAGAUGGCAAAGUCGAAGCCCGAGGCAAGUACAACAAGAAGAGAAAGAUCGGAUGAUUGCAUCCAUCACUAUAGACCAUUUGUAUAAAAACGACCGCUAGACUGUUGCCUUUGUUAACAGCUAAUGACGCCGAUUUCUUAACGUUGCUCACACGCACAAUGCAAAGACCCUUGGCCUACCCAAUACCAUCACCAUGCACACACACUCGUCACGCACACAUACCAAACUUCCCAUGUCCCCUUCAACAAGUUGUUCCCCACAACCUGCAAAUCUCCAAACGCUGCCACCAUUCCUUUUCCCAACAAUGUCUAGAUCUUGAAAAUAUCGCGCAAUCUAUAGUUUCACAGGACAAGCAACUGAUAACCUCAUUCGCAUAUCAAGAUGAUAAAACAGAACCC